AUGGAGGAAAUGGCUCAAAAUUAUAUCCAAAUGAUUGAAUCAAGCGGGAUCCGUGGCCCUAUCUAUCUCGGCGGAUGGUCACUCGGCAGCCUUCUCUCCGUUGUCAUGGUCAAUGAGAUCUCCAAAUCCACCACCCCCGUCUCCUUCUCCCUCGCCGGCCUCGUUCUCAUUGAGUCUCCCUUCUACAGGCCCAAGAGCGAGUGCCCCUCAGUGCGCACUGUGGACUUUUCGCACCUCCCAGAGCAUAUCAAGAACUGUCUAAGCAGUUGCAUGAUCAUGCUGGAGGAGUGGUCGAUGCCGACCACCGGCCCGGAAGGGUGGCUUCCUCCUGCGGUUCUCAUUCGUUCGGCACAGCGCAUGGUGGCGGGGCUUGGACAGUCGAAUGAAUUGCCUGCGAGAGUAGAUUUGCUUCGGGAGGAUAAGAUCCUGGGGUGGGGACUUAUAGGACCGGAAUUUAUCAUUGGGACUCUUGAUGUGGAGUCAAAUCACUACAAUAUUUUGGAUAUGGACAAAAUCGAAGAGGUAACAUGGGCUAUAAACUGGGCAUUGCAGAUGCUAGAUGCCAGUAGAGGCAUAGGUAUACUUUCGUGA